UGCCAAGAUGGCGGCGGAGCCGGUGGAGCUGCACAAGCUCAAGCUGGCCGAGCUGAAGCAGGAAUGCCUGGCCCGGGGGUUGGAAGCCAAAGGCAACAAGCAGGACCUGAUCCAUCGGCUCCAGGCUUACCUGGAGGAGCACGCUGAGGAAGAGCCCAACGAGGAGGACGUGCUGGGGGAGGAGAUCGAGGAGGAGGAGCCGAAGGCGCCGGAGCCGCCGCCGAAGGUGGAGGAGGCGCCGGUGAAGUCACCUGAUGUGAUCCAGGAGAAGAAGGUGGUGAAAAUCUCCUCUGAGAUCUCCCAGAUGGAGAGGCUGCAGAAACGAGCCGAGCGUUUCAGCGUCCCCGGCAGCCUGGAGAGCAAAAAGGCAGCGAGGGCAGCGCGCUUUGGUUUGGCCACAAUUCCCACAAAAGGGCUGUCGGCAGAUUCCAAACCCACGAUAAAUCUGGAAAAGCUCAAGGAAAGGGCCCAGAGGUUCGGCCUGAACGUCUCCUCCCUGUCCAGGAAGAGUGAGGAGGAUGAGAAGCUGAAGAAGAGGAAGGAAAGGUUUGGGAUCGUCACCGGAGCCGGAGCCGCCGAGGAUUCCGAGGCAAAGAAGAGGAAAAGGGCGGAAAGAUUUGGGAUCGUCUGAGCCGCUCCACGCUCUCCUCAGGUGGGCCUUGCCUGAACCCUUCCCCUGUUGAAGACUUGAACUCCCAGGAUUUGGAAUUCCCGGCGGGAAUUUCGGGAAUCUCAUCCCAGAGCGUUGGGAGCAGCGAGGCCGGGGCCGUUCCCGGAAUUCUGGGGCCAUUCCCAGACCAAGAGAUUCUAUUUUUUUGGGAAUUCUCCUUUUCCAUGAUCAUUUCCCACCCUUUGGGAACCUCGGACGCUCCGGGAAAUUCCCGGGAUGCUCCUUCCCAUCCCAAAAAUCCUUGGGGAUCUGGGGACAUCCGUGGGAUCCAGGUGGCUCCCUGGCUCCUCCCUCAUUCCCCAUUUUCCCCCCAUUUUUCCCCCCAUUUUUCUCCCAUUUUCCCCCAAUUUUUUUCCCAUUUUUUCCCAUUUUUCCCCCCAUUUUUCCCAUUUUUUCCCCGUUUUUUCCCAUUUUUCCCCCCAUUUUUUCCCCAUUUUCCCCCAAUUUUUUUCCCAUUUUUUCCCAUUUUUCCCCCCAUUUUUCCCAUUUUUUCCCAGUUUUUUCCCAUUUUUUCCCCCCGUUUUUUCCCCAUUUUCCCCCCGUUUUUUCCCAUUUUUUCCCAUUUUCCCCCCGUUUUUUCCCAUUUUCCCCCCGUUUUUUUCCCCAUUUUCCCCCCCGUUUU